CCGCCCUGGACCUCGUUCUGCGUGAAGUACAGCGCGGUGCGCAACGACCAGUUCGGGCGCUCCAGCUUCAACUGGGAGGUGCGCGGCGCCAACUACCACGUCCUGCGCACGGGCUGCUUCCCCUUCGUCAAGUACCACUGCUCGCGGGCGCCCCGCCGGGACCUGGCCGCGCAGGACCGCUUCUUCACGGCGCUCAAGCUCCUCAACCUGGGUAUCCCAACGUUAGCGUAUGGUAUUGGCUCCUGGUUCCUUGCUAAUGUGACAGAGACAGUUCAUACCCGCAGCGGCCCAGUCACUAUUUACUUUCUGAAUAAAGAAGAUGAAGGUGCCUUGCACUAAACGGGCGCCUCGAAGUCCUGUCGGGGCUAAGGGAAUAUGUGUGGGCUGUGCUUUGCAGCCUCUUCUUUGCAGGAUGUGGAGCUUUCAAAGAGUGCCCCCGUUUUCCCUUUGGCACCAUUUGGGUUUCCUUUGAGUUUGGCAAACACAAGAAGGUGCCCCUGUCCUCAAAAUCCGAUUCUGGCUGUGAAUGAUGAAAACGUUAUUUUGGGGCCUUGUCUGUUUAUCUAUUUGUGUUUGUGUUUAUUCUUUUACUGGUUUGUUACCCAGCAUUUUAAUGCCAUUCAAAUAUGACUAUAUUCUCUAGGCACUGAGGUUUUUAAAAAACAAAAUGGAUUUGCAACACAAUUGAACAGGCACUCUGUGAAAUAAUUCAGAAAUCUGAGAAAAAUCAUUGCUGAUGCGCAAGUUCCUUCUGGUUUGGUACGAUCCAGCCCAGACUGGGCUCUUGUUAGGCCCAUUGAUUUCAGCAAUUUAAGAAUAUGAGUCAUGCUCCCAUUGAAGUCAAUGGAAAUGCAAAGUAAUUACUAGUUGGAUCGAGCUAAUGGCUUUGAGUUUAUGUGUAGUUAAUGCACACAGUUGUUUCUCUUCUUCAACCCGAAUGAGCACUCCAGUUUGCUUUGAAACUCUCCACAUCCAUUGCAAGUGCUUAAUUAGUAAUGAACAUAGUGUUGUCUAAAGUUUGGUAGGCAGGUCUAAGAAUGUAUGGAGGCGUGUUUGCUUUAAGAUUAGUAUUCCAGCAAAUUAUGUUCCUGGGGAAGAGACAUUUGCUUUACUGAAAAUAAAACUGUAAUAUAUUUUUUGCAGCAUAGGGUUACAGUGGAAUUAUGCAUAAGUAUUUAUCUAAAACUAAGUUAAUAUCAGAUUUGAAUUGUGAAAGGGUUUCACACAGGAAAGCAGUAAUAUAUUUGCUUUGUUUAAAAGUGAUUCUAAAUACAUUUGUAAUCAAAGCUACCCUACUACAGUCAGCACCAACGUAUAUUUCUACCACAAGUUAAAUAAAUAGUUUACACAGUA